AGGCCUGUUUGGUUCACUACCCCAGUUGCCACACUUUGCCUAACUUUUCUGCCUAAGGUUAGUUGUUCAAUUUGAACGACUAACCUUAGGCAAAAUGUGACACAUUUAGCCACAAACCAAACGGGCCCUGAGUCCCCUCCUCCUCGCCCGCCCGCUCCGUGUUCAUUGCCCCACUCCCUCACGCCUCUCGCGCCCGCCGCUCCACCACCCCAACCCCCACCCACGCUCAGGUAACCGCCUGACAUCGUCAUCGGCCUCCGCGAUCUCGGCAUUAUUUACCCGUCCCCAUGGACCAGCGGCACAUGGGGUUCCUGACUCGUGAGUUUGUGACAGUGGUUUUCUCUGUGCCGCCUUUUGCAGGGGAAGGGGGUCUGGGUUGCGUACAGGCGAAAGGCACGCGCCGCCGCUGCCGCGCGAGCCUCUCCGUCCCCAUCGCCGCGCAGAUGGAUCCGUCGUCGGAGCCCCUGUACGCGCAGGUCGAGCCGUACGACUCCGGGUUCCUCAAGGUCUCCGAUGUCCACACCAUCUACUACGAGCAGUCCGGGAACCCGCAGGGCCAUGCGGCGGUGUUUCUCCACGGCGGUCCCGGAGCCGGCACGUCGCCCGGCAACAGGAGGUUCUUUGACCCGCAGUUCUACAGGAUCGUUCUGUUUGACCAGAGGGGUGCAGGCAGAAGCACUCCCCAUGCUUGUUUAGAGCAGAACACUACUUGGGACUUGGUAGCUGACAUUGAGAAGCUCAGGGAGCAUCUUGGCAUCCCUGAAUGGCAGGUGUUUGGUGGUUCAUGGGGAAGCACCUUGGCACUUGCCUACAGCCAGGAGCACCCUGAUAAGGUCACUGGCCUUGUUCUGAGAGGAAUUUUCUUGCUUAGGAAAAAGGAGUUUGAUUGGUUCUAUGAGGGUGGUGCAGCAGCCAUUUUCCCAGAUGCAUGGGAACCAUUUAGAGAUUUUAUUCCUGAGGAUGAAAGGAAUUGUUUCGUAGAUGCUUAUAACAAAAGGUUAACUUCCUCUGAUCCUAUUGUUCAGGUUGAAGCUGCUAAGCGCUGGACGAUGUGGGAGAUGAUGACUGCGCAACUUAUCCAAAACAAUGAUAACAUUAAACGAGGAGAAGAUGAUGAAUUUUCACUGGCAUUUGCAAGGAUUGAAAACCACUACUUUGUGAAUAAGGGAUUUUUACCCUCGGACUCAUUCCUAUUGGACAAUGUUGAUAAGAUCCGACAUAUUAAAGGUUUUAUUGUACAGGGACGUUAUGAUGUUUGUUGCCCUAUGAUGUCUGCUUGGGAUCUUCAUAAGGCUUGGCCUGAAGCAGAAUUCAAGGUGGUAGCAGAUGCAGGGCACUCGGCCAAUGAAGUUGGCAUCGCUGCCGAACUGAGGUCAGCCACCGAUAAACUGAGAGACUUGCUGCGCAAAUGAGCCGGCGAAAGGCAACCUGCACCUCUAUCUGAUCAUGGAACUCAGAGGCCCAUAAUAAUUACAUAGCUGUGUAACGGUUAGCACUGUGCCGUUAAACAAUGUCAUUGUCACCAUCGAUAUGUUGUUUGUUUGCUCGCUGGAGUGUAUGAGGAAUUGAAGUUUCAAGACGGGACCAGAAUGGGUGGGGCGUGUUUGGUUUGCGUUUUUAGACCUGGUCUGUCUAGCCAGCUAUGCCAGGGCAACACACCCUGGCUCUCACCUA